AAUUCCAUCAUUGUACCCUUAGGGGUCCUUACACAUGUGCUGCAUUACCUCAGCUUUUGCAGACAGAAUGGAUUUGCUCACAAUCACCUGGUGGAAUAUGUCCGUACAACAGGAGGAUUUCAAGGAUGCUGCGGCGGUAUGUUAUCUGCCCUCGCCAUAGCAGCCGCCAAAGACGAACAGGACAUUGCUCGAACAGCUGCGUGGGCCGUCCAGCUCGCAUUUGCCGUUGGGUGCUGGAUUGAUGCCGAUCACUCGGAACAAAAGCGCAAUGACUCCGAUACCACAACUUUGGCGGUCAGGUGGAAACCGGAGAUGAGCGCGGACACGAUCGAGAAAGAAGUUCAGAAGCACGACGGGGCGUAUGUAGCCAUCCUGCUUGACGAGAACAAGGCCACCAUUAUCCUGCCGCGUCGCAGUCGAGAUGAUCUGACUGCAGCCCUCUCUUCGCUCGGUGCGACCUGCAAGGAAUGCAAGAUACCUGGACGCUAUCACAUGAAGGAACACGGUUCCGUUAUAAAGAAGAUUCGCCAGGCACUACCACCCAGUAUCCAGGCACCUUCAGCAGGCCACGUGCGCUCAAAUGCAACCGGAGGUGUCAUCGACGACGGGGACCUGUCGCACGUGGUGCUGCAAUGCAUCAUAGCGCAAAAAGUUCUAUGGCAUUCGACCAUUACUGCGGCCGCGUCGUCACUUGAUCCAAACAAGGGCGAAUGGAUCAAGAUGAUCGGCACCAAUGCGAUCCCCUCGAAGCUCAACAAGAUAUUCCGCCUAGUGAGCCACGACGUCAGCCAGGCGGUCCCUGACCUUCGAACAGGCCACUCGAGGAACGAUGAUUACCCCGAUCACUCUGUUGCGGUAGUUGGUAUGGCGUGCAGAUUUCCUGGAGCAGAUUCCCUUGAUGAGCUCUGGAACGUGCUGUUGGAAGGAAAGUCCAUGCUACGUCCGAUGCCAGAACAUCGUUUCGACCCAAACGACACUCAUCCGCGUGCUCCAGACAACUUGAAAUUCUGGGGCAACUUCCUCGACGACAUCCAGGGCUUCGAUCACAAGUUCUUCAGCAAGAAGUCCCGCGAAGCUGUUUCAAUGGACCCACAGCAGCGAAUCCUGCUCGAAGUUGCCUACGAAGCUCUCCAGUCUUCCGCUUAUUUCUCCGCUCUUCCCGUAGAUCGCCGGGAGCGAUCCAUCGGCUGCUAUAUAGGCGCGUGCUCCACGGACUACGAUGCCCACAUAGCUUCGCAUCCUCCCACUGCCUACUCAACGACAGGCUCCAUCCGCGCCUUCCUGAGUGGAAAGCUAUCUCAUCAUUUCGGAUUCUCGGGGCCUGCCAUCACGCUCGACACUGCUUGCUCAUCGUCGGCGGUAGCCAUACACGGUGCAUGUGUAGCCCUCCAAACCGGUGAAAUCUCAGCAGCACUCGCGGGGGGUGCGACCAUCAAUACCAGUCCUUACCACUAUGAGAAUCUGGCUGCGGCACAUUUCUUGUCGCCGACUGGGGCGACAAAGCCUUUCGAUGUUGAUGCCGACGGCUACUGCCGAGGUGAAGGCAUCGGCCUAGUCGUGCUGAAGCGAUUGAAGGAUGCCAUCCGGGAUGGCGAUCAUAUUCGUGGCGUCAUUGUAGGCUCUGCCAUCAACCAAGGCGAUAAUUGCGUUCCUAUCACCGUGCCGCACUCUGGCUCGCAAGCUCAGCUAUACAGGUCCGCUCUGAAGAAGUCGCAGCUGGAUGCCAAGGCGUUGUCAUUCGUAGAGGCGCAUGGUACCGGCACGGCCGUAGGAGACCCUGUUGAGCUGGAGAGUAUCCGACAAGUCUUCGGAGGCAACGAUCGCCCGGCUCCGCUCUACGUCACCUCCUUGAAAGGCAACAUUGGACAUCUGGAAGGAGCAUCGGGAGCUGCAGCCCUCAUCAAAGCUCUCUUGCAAAUGCGGCAUCGUGCGGUGCCACCGCAGGCAUCCUUCAACACUCUCAACCGCCGCAUUCCAGCUCUUGAGCCAGACAGAAUGUGCGUUCCGACCGAGAUCGUCGCCCUUGGCGAAGGAAGAAUCACCGCUUGCGUCAACAACUAUGGCGCCGCCGGGAGCAAUGCGACCUUGAUGUUGGCAGAAGCCCCACGAUCGAUAGCACAGCAAGAUGUAACCCUACCGACAGUCUUUCCCAUACAUCUCACAGCUGCCAGCGAACAAAGUCUUCAGAGAUACGCCUCACAGCUUCUUGUGUGGCUCAGGGCGAACGAGCAGCAGGACUCGAGACUCGCAGAUGUGGCGUUUGGCCUCGCCCGGCAUUGCGACCACGGUCUGCCAUACGCCCUAGACUUCACCGUUAUUGAGAACUCGGACUUGGUCCGACAGGUCUCCGAUACCAAGGCUGUGGCCGCGGCGAUCCAGAAGCGGCCGGACACACGGCCUUUGGUCCUCUGCUUCGGUGGACAGACACGCGACCGUGUUGGACUUGAUCGAGCUCUUUGGGAGAUUCCGGGCCCGCUUCGCUCCCACGUUGACCACUGUGACAAAAUCCUGCAAGACCAUGGGUUUCCCAGUCUCUAUCCGGCCAUCUUCCACGACGAGCCUAUUCAAGAUAUCGUUGUACUCCACGGCGCCUUGUUUGCCCUUCAGUAUGCAUCCGCGAUGAGCUGGCUUCAAUCCGGUCUGCAAGUAGACGCCGUCGUAGGCCACAGUUUCGGCCAGCUCACGGCUUUAGUCGUGAGUGAGUCUCUAAGUGUGGCAGAUGGGGUUCGGCUGAUCGCUGGCCGCGCUUCGCUCAUCAAACAGCACUGGGGUCCUGAGCGAGGAGUCAUGAUUGCGAUAGAUGCUCAGGAAGAUCAUAUCAGCAAGAUCACCGAGAAAGUUACUAGCCGACAUGCAGAAGCACGCUUCGAAACGGCUUGCUACAACGGUGACUCCUCUCAUGUCGUCGUGUGCGACGAACUAUCGGCAGCUCAACUGGAGUCAGAGCUUGAGGCAGCUUCGAUUCGCUUCAAGACACUCGGGGUGCCGUACGGAUUUCAUUCGCGGUUCACCGAACCUUUGCUCGACGACUUACACAAGCUAGCGUCCUCGCUGUGCUUCCAGUCACCCACCAUAGCACUGGAGACCUGUACACCAGACAAAACCCUGGAGCUUCCGAAUGCGGAAGAUAUUGUCAGCCAUACCCGCGACCCCGUCUACUUUGCUGCUGGGGUCCAUCGUCUUCGCAAAAAACUCGGCGCUUGUACCUGGCUAGAGGCUGGAUCAGGCUCUGGAAUCACGUCGAUGAUCCGAACUUGUGCUGCACCGAGCGAGAGUCUGGAUGACGUUUUUCUUUCUCAACAGCUUGGACGCGAUGCUAGUAAAGCUGUAGCGAGCACCACAUCUUCGCUCUGGGCUCGAGGGUACUCCGUAAACUGCUGGUUUUACCAUCAUUCUACGCAUGCCCAUUAUCGGUUCGUGAAUGUGCCGACUUACUCGUGGGACCACUCUCCGCAUUGGCUGGAGCUCUCGACUACCUCGAUGGCACAACGAGAACAAGACUCGGACCCCGGCAAAAAGGAAACCAAAGGCCCGUCCAAGCCGCAACUCCUGACGGCAAUCUCGAGCAAUGGUGACAAGAGCCUGCAUCGCUUCGCCGUAUCUACAGAAAACGACGAGUACGCAUCGAUGAGCUCUGGAUUCGAUUUGCUCUCCGACUUGCCGGCGCCCAUGACCAUCACUCUGGACAUUCUUGCUGUGGCUUUGACGAAGCUCGAUGUCAAGGUAUUGGACACGUCACAGGAGUCUGUCAGAUUCGAUGCACCACCCAUCGAUUGGGCGAAAUGUCAGGACUUGGUUCUGUCUCUAAAGCAGGCCACAUACGGCUGGGAGUUCGCCUUUACCUCCUCUGGCACGUCUGAUCAACGUCCGCAUGCUCGGGGUCUGGUCAAAACACCCCGUGCGGAUAGCGAUGUCGAGACAGAAUUGGCCCGUUACAGCAGACUAGUCCCUGUUGACGUUGCAGACGACAUUUCUAGUAGCAGAAAAAGCGAUCGAGCUCAAGGAAGGAUUCUUUACGGCAUCUCUUCCAAGAUGGGCCUAUAUCCCAGCCAAUACCAGCUCGUCCAAAGCGUGGCGGUGCUCGGAAAUACGGUCGUUGGGGACAUUUCAACCCCGAAAGCCUCGACAUUCCGCCCGAUGCAAACCAUUGAAUGCUUUCUUCAGGUCGCUGCUAUACACGCCAACUUCCUCCUCGACUCACCGACCCAAUACAGCCUGAUAAGCAUCGAGAGCAUCAAGUGGGGCAACGUCGGUAUUGGAACUGUGUCGAAUCCCGAUGGGUGGAAAGUCAUUUGCUCCAUUUCGAGAUCGCAGGCCACGCUCAGCUACGAUUGUUUUGUCUAUGACGUCGCGAGCGGACAUUUGCAUGUCGUCCUUUUAGGGGCUCAGUUUGGUGGCCAAGAUGCUACUCGUCCAACACCUCGACGUGUGGAAACACCUGAUGUUGAUUCUCAGACUCCGCAAUCUCCGUCCAGCACGACGCUUCUAUCGAAGGACGCAACGCCAAAGCCUUCAGGAACCGUCCCGGAUGACGGUCCACCUCCAGAGAAAGAUGCACCACCAGAAGCGAAGGCAACAACUGAGCGGGCAGGAGGAGUGAGCAAGAAGCAGAGCAUCUACCAAGACUUGUGCGGUCUUCUCGAACAGCUUGCUGAUGUUCCAAAGGAGGACAUCGGAUGGACGGCGACAUUUGACGAUCUCGGAGUCGACUCGUUGCUGAUGAUGGAAGCAAUCCGCGACAUCAGUCUCAUGUUUCACAUCGACCUUCCUACAGGUGAUCUCGAACAAUUGACGGACACGCAGUCGAUGGUCGAUUAUCUCGAGGGUCGUGGAUGCGUAGGCAGCGCCUACAGCGCACCUGAAGGAGAAAGCACCAAGCAACAGCCCGUGCCUGAAAGCAGCACUGCUUCUCCUCCUUCCGCAACGACUUCUGCAGCGACAAGCGAAUGGGAUCUUUUCGACGAUGCGUCGAGUUCGCCAUCAGCCAGCACGGGCGACGACGAGCCACCAGAGUAUGAAGAAGCACCGACGAUGACCAACGCUGGGCAGGUCUUUGAAGGUGUCCGCAAAGAUGUCCAGAGCUACAUCGAGGAUGCCGGAUUUGCUGGAUUCUGGACGCGAGUGUAUCCAACGCAACGAAGGUUGGUUCUCGCAUACAUCGUAGAGUGCUUCCAGACGCUCGGGUGUGAUCUCCAACAGCUUUCCGCUGGCAGCCUGGUUCCCAGCUUCUCUGUUGUACCGAAAUACUCCAGGCUGCUGGAUCGGUUAUAUGAAAUCCUCGUCGAUGGAGGCAUCGUUCGUCCUAGCCCAACCGCAGGCUAUCAACAAGAGUACGUCCGGACCUCAAAGCGUCUGGACAGCACUGACUCGGGCUCGUUGUACUCUCAUAUGCUAGAAGCCUUUCCCGAACACGCGGAUGAGACUCAACUGCUUAACGUCACCGGAUCUUGCCUCGCCGACUGCAUCAGUGGCGGAACAGAUGCAUUGACGCUCCUUUUUGCAAACCAGGCGCACAGGGAAUUGAUGGCCAGAAACUACGACAGAUCACCCAUGGCUCGAGCGACUACCAGUCUGCUUGCCGAGUUCUUGCGUCGCACGUUGCAGCGGUUCGAGAUUGACAAUGCGCCCGUACGCAAGGCUCAAAUACUGGAAGUUGGAGGCGGCACUGGUGGUACGGCACGAUUCGUUGUGGAAUUUCUGACGAAGAACAAUAUCGAGUUCGAGUACACCUUCACCGACAUCUCGCCCGCUUUGGUCUCUCAGGCCAAGAAGAAGUUCUCAAAGUACUCCAACAUGCGUUUUGCGACUUGGGACUGCAACCAAGAAAGCCCCUCGGAGUAUCGCUCCGCGUUUGAUGUAGUGAUAUCCACAAAUUGCAUCCACGCCACCAAAGAUGCGAAACAAACGGCGGGAAACAUUCUUCCGGCGCUCACGGAGGGGGGUGUCUUCUGCCUUGUGGAGUUCACCCGCUCGAUUUACUGGUUUGACCUGGUGUUCGGGCUGCUUGAUGGCUGGUGGUAUUUCGACGACGGGAGGAAGCAUGCUCUUGGUGACGAGAUUUUCUGGUCUAGUGCGCUGCAACACGCCGGCUUCAAGCACGUCUCGUGGACCGACGGCGACUCGGUGGAGGCUCGGACGAUGAGGCUGAUCGUAGCGACGAAGGAAGGUCACUCCCGUCAUUCGCCGACAGUUGGUCCCAGCGCGGAGAAGCGUGCAGGCAUCAUGAUGCAGCAGACACAGUGGCUACGUCGCGCGGGUGUGGAUCUGUUCGCGGACAUAUAUCUUCCCAAAGCACCGGACCCACCGGAGACGAAGAGACCGAUUGCGCUGCUGUUCCAUGGUGGUGGCCACUUGUUGUUUGGUCGAAAGGAUAUUCCUAUGAAGCACGUCCGGGAGCUUUUGAAACGAGGCUUUUUGCCCAUCAGUGUGGAUUAUCGCCUUUGCCCCGAGGUCGGGCUCUACGAAGGGCCGUAUAUGGACUGUUGUGCGGCACUGCGAUGGGCCCGUGAAGAGCUCCCGCACGUUCCUCUUGCCGAAUCCGUCAGACCCGAUACAAACAAGCUCAUUGCGGUGGGUUGGUCCAGCGGGGGUCAGUUGGCCAUGAGUCUAGGCUUCACCGGACCGCAACAAGGCGUCAAGCCGCCAGACGCAGUAUUUGCACUGUAUUCUCCGACCGAUCUAGAGCACGAGCACUGGGACACCCCUUGCUGCCCCGAAGCCGCCGAAGAAGAUCCGCAGGAGGUCGACGAUAUACUGAGCGGCGUACAGGAUCAUCAUCUGACCGAUUAUACGCCCUUGAACCUGAAGAAGACUCCGUCACUUUCGUUGACAUUGCAGGAUCCUCGUGCCCGAAUCGUGCUGCAUCUGAAUUGGAAGGCUCAAUCGGUGCGGACACUCCUCCGCGGGCUUCCCAGCAAGACUCAGCUCGCACACAGCAAUGACAUGAAAGACUCGGACCACGAGCAUUGGAGGUACCUGCCGAGCCCGAGCACGUCGGAAGUGCGUGAAGUGAGUCCAUUGGCGCACGUGCGGGACGACUCGUACAAGGUGCCGACAUUCAUGGUUCAUGGAACCCGCGACGACUGGCUUCCAUCGUCCAUGAGCAUUGCUACCCGGGACGAGUUGAGCAAGCAUAACGUCCCCGUGGAAUUGGUCAUCGCGGACCAAUGCGGGCAUGCAUUUGACUUG